GCCCGGCGUGAUCCAGCGGACCAAUGGCGGCCGCCCGCGGCGCGCAGGGUGCCGGGAUGGGGUCCGCCCGCGGCGUUGGGCGCGCUCGCCAGCCCAGGGGUCGCCAUGACCGAGCGGCCCAGGCCCGAGCGAAGCCCGCGCUCGGUCACAUGGGAGCCCGACACCAUUUGGAGGAGAUUCAGAGAAGCCCCUGAUUGCUGAUUCUGCCCGCCUGCCACACCGGCUCUGUCCGGAGCCACUGGGACUCGGGAUCCAGUCCACACACACCCCUCAGAGGGGCCCUGUGGCCAGAGAAAUGCUUCCCCGGCCCAAAGCCCCUGCCUCCCCCAGACGCCCCCAGACCCCAACCCCGAGUGAGCAGGACGCAGACCCUGGGCCAGCAAGCCCCAGGGACACCGAAACCCAGCGUCUGCGCUUUCGGCAGUUCCAGUACCACGUGGCGAGCGGGCCGCACCUCGCGCUGGGCCAGCUCUGGACGCUGUGCCGCCAGUGGCUGAGGCCCGAGGCGCGCUCCAAGGAGCAGAUGCUGGAGCUGCUGGUGCUGGAGCAGUUCCUGGGCGCACUGCCCAGCAAGAUGCGGACCUGGGUGCAGUCACAGGGCCCCCGAAGCUGCAGGGAGGCCGCCAGCCUGGUGGAGGACCUCACACAGAUGUGCCAGCAGGAAGUUCUGGUAUCUCUGGACUCGGUCGAACACCAGGACUGGAGUUUCGGUGAGGAGGAAGAUGGGAAGAGUCCAAGGUCCCAGAGAGAACCAUCGCAGGCGUCUGAGCUGAUUCUGGAUGCAGCGGCAGCAGCCCCAGCACUCCCCGAGGAAAGUGAGUGGCUGGAGACUACCCAGCUCCCGCAGAGUCUGCACACCAGGGCGGAGGCCGAGGUGCCCCGCGCCCCUGGCUUGCUGGGGUCCCGGGCCCGCCUGCCUCUGAAGCCGAGUAUCUGGGACGAGCCUGAGGACCUUCUCGCAGGGCCCUCCUCAGACCUGCGGGCAGAAGGGACUGUGAUCUCGGGCCCCAAGGGUCCAAGUGCUCAGAGAAUCAGUCCCCGAAGGAGAAACAGGAACACUGACCAGAGCGGCCGCCACCAGCCAUCCCUCAAGCACACCAAAGGUGGUACCCAAGAGGCUGUUGCAGGCAUCUCGGUAGUGCCGCGUGGGCCCCGAGGUGGGCGGCCCUUCCAGUGUGCCGACUGUGGGAUGGUCUUCACCUGGGUCACCCACUUCAUCGAGCACCAGAAGACCCAUCGCGAGGAAGGGCCCUUUCCGUGCCCCGAGUGUGGCAAGGUCUUCCUGCACAGCUCCGUCCUCACUGAGCAUGGCAAGAUCCACCUGCUGGAGCCACCGAGGAAGAAAGCCCCCCGGAGCAAGGGCCCCCGGGAGUCCGUCCCACCCAGGGAUGGAGCCCAGGGCCCAGUGGCCCCUCGCAGCCCCAAGAGACCCUUCCAGUGUAGCGUCUGCGGGAAGGCCUUCCCCUGGAUGGUCCACCUCAUUGACCACCAGAAGCUCCACACGGCCCACGGCCACAUGUGAAUGGCCAGCCUCGGGCCUCGGCCACCUGGCCCUGAGUCCCUGGGGGGAGCUGAUGGGCCCCAGAAGAUGGGGGACAUCCCCCAGCCCCACCAACCCCUGGCCACCUUGGGACUCCUCUUGAAGGACACAAGCUGUUUCUCGGAAGACCCUGGACACCUGCUCCGAAGCCGAGCACGGGAUGGGGCUUCCCAGGGUCUCAGCUGAGAAGCAGCAGUUCCACAGCACAGCCUGGUCAGUCCUGCGCACUAUUGUUUUGCAAGUGGCUUGAAGAGGAGUUUCAUUCGCGUCUCAUCUUUCAGAAGCCUUGUCCAGGUCUCCCUGUGAGCACCUGACUCAGCGGCAGGUUCUGCCGCUGGGUUUUCAUUUCACUGUGGAUAUCCCUGAGGCCAUGAGGGUGGGAGCCGGCCUGGGCAGCUCCAACUCCAGAGAAGGGUACAGCUGACCCCGGCUGCCCUCCUGCCAGCUUAGCCCCCUUGGAACCUAACAGAUAAACAGGGUUUUGUUUUUUUCCUUUUUUGGGUAAAGUACAUGCAACAUAAAAUUUACCAUUUCAGUCAUUAAAAAUGAACAGUUCAGUGGCAUUAAGCACAUUCACAACACUGUGCAACUACCAGCACUCUCUAGCUCCAAAGACGUUUUCGUCUUGCCCAGAAAGAGAGCCCACAGUCCUCAGCACGCCUUCGCCGUUCCUGCCCGCCCUGACAACCAGAAUCUGCUUCCUGUCUCUGAGGAUUUCAGGCGCAGUCUUUAGGCCUGACCAAAACUGACCUGCCUAUAUUUUGUUUGACUUACAGAAGGAUUUUUUUUUAGAUAGAUGCCAACAUUUGUUUAAACCAUAAAAAUCUGGCUUUCUGGUCUGCCAGGAAGAACCAGAUGGUCUCCAAAGAGUGGGCCCGCCUCUCCUGCUAGGCUGGAGCAGAGUGUGGGCAGGCGGUGACGUCACAGCGGGGAGCCAGCCUCGGACUCGGCUUCUCACCCGUCCCCAACUCAUUGUUGUCGGACACUCGUCCCCUUUCAAGCAAAAGCCUUACAAGUUUUUGCCUUUUUCUUUUUCUCCUCCCAACUUCAUUUGGAAACACAGUGUUGGGCUGACUGUGAAUCCGCACAGGCAGAGACAUUUUUCCAAGACGCCUUCUAAAUCAAAAGCCUUUGGACUUACCCACGCCAC